AUUACUUCUGAAACAACAGAAGCAAGCUCAACAGGAUACACUGUUGAAACAUCUCAAUUUUCUAUGGAAUCAAGUCAGCAGUCUUCAGGAUCCCCUUCCACAAGUACAACAGCACCUUCCGAUACAUCAACAGAGCUCGGAUCUACAGCACCACUAACAACAACAACAGAAAGCACAAUCCAAACAACUCAAAUACUCUCUUCAUCUGAGGAAUCAGCACAUUACACUGUGUUCUCCUCAACUGUAGAUGCAUAUUCCAUACCAUCUACUACCUUUUCACAACAUACAUCUGUAAGUUCUGAAACUGCACAAACAACCUCAAGCGAGGACACAUCAAUUAAAACAACUGGGCAGACUUUUGAAUCUUCAAAAGCACCAGACCAAACAUCUGUAUUUCCAACCACAGGUGAAACUAUAGCCUCAUCUUCAACAACUAAAUACAGUCCCACAACCAUACACGCAAUAUUCACAAGUGCAACUGAAACAGUCCCCACAAUGGUAGAAUCUGACGAAACAACUACUAAAUCUUCAGAUGAAGGUACACAUUCAUCAUCGUCAUCGACAACAGAAUCACGAACAACAUUAACAUCUCAUACCAAUUUAAUUUCUGACUUGGCAGUGAUGAGCACACUGAGCACUAAUGAACACACAUCAACAGAAAUAAUUGAACAGUCCAGUGGAACUUCAGAAGUUUCAAAAAUGCCAAGUCAACAGACCCCUGGAUCUUCUCCCACAACUGUCACACUUCUUUCAUACACCACUACAGAACCAACAGAAGUCACAUCCAAAACAGAUGUCACACUAGCAACAGGCAGCACAAUACAAACAGGUCGCACAGUCAAUACAACAGAGGAAUCAGUACAUCGGUCCUCAACUGAAAACGUCCAUUCAAUAGCAUCCACCUACAUAACAUCUGUGUCCUCAAAACUUCAUCCAACCCUUUCUUCUGAAACAAGAGGCGCAAGCUCUACAGGGUACACUGUUAAAACCUCGCAAUUUUUAAUAGGAACAAGUCAGAAAUCUUCAGGAACUCCUUCCACAGGUACAACAGCACCUUCAGUUCCAUCAACAGAAUUCCAACAUACAUCAACAAUGGUAAUGGCAACAAAAAGCACAAUCGAAACAACUCAAAUAGUCUCUACAACCGAGGAAUCAGCACAUUCCACUGCGAUCUCUUCAACUGUAGAUGCCCAUUCAAUGCCAUCCACCUACUCAACAUCCAUUACAUUUACACACCGUCCAUCAGUGAGUUCUGAAACUGCACAAACAACCUCAAGAGAGGACACAUCAAUUAAAACAACUGGGCAGACUUUUGAAUCUUCACAAGCACCAGACCAAACAUCUGUAUUUCCAACCACAGGUGAAACUAUAGCCUCAUCUUCAACAACUAAAUACAGUCCCACAACCAUACAUGCAAUAUUCACAAGUGCAACUGAAACAGUACCCACAAUCAUAGAAUCUGAAGAACCAACUACUAAAUCUUCAGAUGAAGCUACACAUUCAUCAUCGUCAUCGACAACAGAAUCAUCAACAAUUUUAACAUCUCAUACCAAUUUAAUCUCUGCAUUGGCAGUGACUACUACUCUGAGCCCUAAUGAAUACACAUCAACAGACAUAACAGAACAGUCCAGUGGAACUUCAGAAAUUUCAAAAUUGACAAGUCAACAGACCCCUGUAUCUUCUCCCACUCCUGUACCACUUUCUGCAAAUCCUUCAACAGGACCAAUGACAGUCACACCAGCAAUCGACAGAACAAUACAAACAAGUCCCACAGCCUAUGCAACAGAGGAAACACCACAUUUUUCCUCAACUGAAAACGUCUAUUCAGUGCCAUCCACAUACAUAACAUCUAUGCCCUCACAACCCCCUCCAACCAUUACUUCUGAAACAACAGAAGCAAGCUCAACAGGAUACACUGUUGAAACAUCUCAAUUUUCUAUGGAAUCAAGUCAGCAGUCUUCAGGAUCCCCUUCCACAAGUACAACAGCACCUUCCGAUACAUCAACAGAGCUCGGAUCUACAGCACCACUAACAACAACAACAGAAAGCACAAUCCAAACAACUCAAAUACUCUCUUCAUCUGAGGAAUCAGCACAUUACACUGUGUUCUCCUCAACUGUAGAUGCAUAUUCCAUACCAUCUACUACCUUUUCACAACAUACAUCUGUAAGUUCUGAAACUGCACAAACAACCUCAAGCGAGGACACAUCAAUUAAAACAACUGGGCAGACUUUUGAAUCUUCAAAAGCACCAGACCAAACAUCUGUAUUUCCAACCACAGGUGAAACAAUAGCCUCAUCUUCAACAACUAAAUACAGUCCCACAACCAUACACGCAAUAUUCACAAGUGCAACUAAAACAGUCCCCACAAUCAUAGAAUCUGAAGAAACAACUACUAAAUCUUCAGAUGAAGCUACACAUUCAUCAUCGUCAUUGACAACGGAAUCAUCAACAACUUUAACAUCUCAUACCAAUUUAAUUUCUGCAUUGGCAAUGAUUACUACUCUGAGCCCUAAUGAAUACACAUCAACAGACAUAACAGAACAGUCCAGUGGAACUUCAGAAGUGUCAAAAUUGACAAGUCAACAGACCCCUGUAUCUUCUCCCACUCCUGUACCACUUUCUGCAAAUCCUUCAACAGGACCAAUGACAGUCACACCAGCAAUCGACAGAACAAUACAAACAAGUCCCACAGCCUAUGCAACAGAGGAAACCCUACAUCUUUCCUCAACUGAAAACGUCUAUUCAGUGCCAUCCACAUACAUAACAUCUGUGCCCUUAAAACCUUCUCCAACCAUUACUUCUGAAACAACAGGAGCAAGCUCAACAGGAUACACUGUUGAAACAUCUCAAUUUUCUAUGGAAUCAAGUCAGCAGUCUUCAGGAUCCCCUUCCACAAGUACAACAGCACCUUCAAAUCCAUCAACAGAAUUCGGAUCUACAGCACCACUAACAACAGCAACAGAUAGAACAAUCCAAUCAGUACUUCCCUCCUCAACUGAAAACUUCCAUUUAUUGCCAUCUACCUCCAAAUCUGUAAUGACAAAUCAACAAUCAACAACAUUUUCAAGCACAAAUAGCUUCACAACAAUGCUGCCAACCUUUGCAGAAAGUCCAACUACAUCCUUUACCAUGACAGACACAAAUAAUGUUUCUAUUGAUUUAACCUCUAAAAAUCGGUUACCUUCCACUUCUGAAUCGAUCAAAUCACCCAGUCCCAGAUCCACAACAAAGGAAUCGGUUUCACCACCAAUCAAUUUCAGCUCCACAACUAUUAAAACUUCAACAGUAGGCACAACCUAUAUAAAUGCAUCUUCAUCUACCACAAAAUACUCCUCUACAACUCUUUACUCCACCAUCAGUGCAGGAUCCACAGCAUCAGCUUCCAUGACUACAGCUAAUUCUGUAUCAUCAAGUGAAUCUACUUUAUCAACUGGCACUGCUGUUAUCAUAAAAAGCUGUACAGAUUGCCAGUGUAAUGGUUCCCCAUGUUUUUUGAACAUGACGUCUGGGUUGUGUCAGUGCAACUGCACUGAUUUCACUUAUGGUGAUUCAUGUAGAUUUGGAACCAGCACAACACCUGUUAUAUUCUCUGAGGAAAGACCUACACGAAAUGCAAUCAUUUCUUUAAAAAUUAUAAAGGACUAUAUUUCUGAUUAUGAUUAUUUGAACUCUGAGGCAUCCAAAAACUUGAUUUCAAUCAUUUCACCUGAGCUUUCUGACAUUACCAGAAAAGCAGAUGCAAUAAACUUCAGAGAUUUAAAGAUCACCAGACUCUUAAAGGGAAGCAUCAUUGUUCAAAGCAUUGCACAGUACAACUAUCCCAACAACCAAUCACAAAUCCUAUUUCUCAACAAGGAUCUAGAAACAUCUCUAAUGACGUUGUUUAAUAAUCCAGAUUCGCUCAAACAUUUAAGUGAAGCACUUGGAAAUGUUUCAGUACAAGAUCCAGAAGUUCUAAUGCAAGAAGUUGAAUUAGCAGAUAUUUUGGACUUGAAACCGUACAUAAGUUGUAAUUUGAAUAUUGCAAACUACACACUGAAGAUUGUGGAUGGUGCCUGGGUGUGUGAGGGGCCAUGCCAAACCAACCCUGACUACUGCAGCACACAUGGGGACUGUGUAAAUGAAAAAAACGGCCCGUUGUGCCUGUGCUAUAUGUCUACUUUUCAAGAAUACUACGGUUUACAGUGCGAGCUGUUCCGCAGAGGUGCAGGGUUUUACGCCGCUCUAUUCGGGAGUCUCGGAGUCGUGCUUCUUGUCAUCAUUAUGACGAUCGUGAUUGCAGUUGUACGACUGAGGAGCAGGAGAGUCUGGUCCUUAAGCAGCUGUCGUGGGAUGAAUCGAUCUGCCUUGUUUGCUGACUACUUCUUUGAUUUCAGUGACAGAGGUCAACUUCAGAAUUACACUCCGCACGAAAACCUACGAGAGGCAGAAGACGGAUCGUUUAGGUCAUGCCGCGGAAUAUGACGAUGAUGAUACGACUUUGUGUGUUUUGACCUCUUCUAGGUGAAGAUAUAAUAACAGAAGAGAAGCCAUAAUGUUCAGGCUGUUCUGAAGAUCUUCAAACUCUUGUGGCUUUCAUGGAACAAGGGCUAUGCUGAAGAUCUCUACUUUAAAGAUUACAUUCAUCUAAAAUAGUCAAUUAUAAAUCUGUGGGUUUACAUCUUCUAAACUAAUAGCUAAUAAACUAUUACAUUAUUCCCAACACACUUAUUUAUAUAUUAUUCCUUAAUGAAAAUUACCUGGAUGGAUGUGGUGAACAGGAUCUUGUUUACAUUGCUGCUGCAUGGAUUUUUCAUUCUUUUCUUUUUUUUUUAUAUCUAAAAAGGUACUGAAGAAACUGUCACUGUUUGCUCCUAAACAGCCAGCUGUGUGUUAGCUAGAUCUACUCACAUAGAAAACCCCCUGCAGCUCUAAUUAGGUCCUCACAGGUGUCUUUAAUUGAUAAAUCACUUGUCCUCAGAUACAAGCGGCCUGAAAACCAGUUAUUACUUUCAACAUAAGAUGGAUUUUCCGGAAAAUUUUAGUUUAGUUGAAUUCUGGACUGUGAUUGCUGUUAGAAUAACCUCCACUUUUCUGGGAAGAGUGACAAAAGCUCCAUGUAUAGCAUAUCUUCAUGAAGCUGGCUUUGUGCACAGGAUCAUUGUCUUGCUGGUUCUCCUAGUUCAAGUAAAGGGAAAUUUUCAUGCUACCACAUUCAAGAGUUUGAAGAAGAACCGAAUAUGGCUGAAAAAAUACAUAGAGCCCUUAGAGUGUAAGAGAAGGAAAGCACAUAUUAAAAACUAAUUCCUAACUAUUUUUACUUUUAUUUUAUUACGUGUUAUCUGAACAUUGUCAGAUCGCUCUUAUAUGAAUGUCAAUAAAGCAUUUCUAUCACGCUA